AUGUCCUCGAGCUUCGUCGUUUUCGGCACAAAAGGUGCCAUCGUGCUCUCUUUCCUGCUGUUUGAAUUUGUGGUGCGCCAGAUACAAGUGGAAAAUGAUAUCAGUGUCCAAUUCUGUUUUCCAAACUAUCUCCGAACCCUGUCUCACUGUACGAAACAACCACACCGCGAGGGACUCGAAGGCAACAUGCUUCCCCUCAAGGCAUUUGUCAGUCUGCUGAUGGAUGUGAUCAUCUUGGGUAAGAGCCACGAGCCUGGGUCGAACGCUGAUACUCCAACAUCACUGCCUUGUGCUGAGAACAUUCGGGCGCGCAUGAACGACAAAGUCGUUUCGGAGGAGAAGUGCGACCAGUAG